AUGGAAAUGGCUGAAGGUAGGUUUACACCUUCUGCAGACAAAUCAGAACUGGAAAAGAUCUGGCAACUGAACCUGCUAGCAAGAGAUGUGCUUCUGAAAAGUGAUAAAGAAGAGAGAGUGGAGUAUGUGCUAAGACUGAGCUCUUCAACAAGAGAGCUGAGUGGAUCUCUCAGCCAACACCUGGGGAACAUUACAGAAAGCCUUCAAGACACUUGCCACUUGCUGAGUGUUCUCCAUGACAAACACAAGGAAUUGACUGCAAGUCCAGAGUACAAUGACAUUAUAGAUUGUCUGCAGAAAAUGAAAGAUUAUUUGACAAACACAGUUUCACACCUUCAAGAGGCCAAAAAUAAACUUUAUGCUGCUAGCUGCAAACCAGAUGAUUCUCAUAUCCUGACUGUUCAAAAUACUUCUGGGGAAACGAGUGUGUGUUGUUCUGUAGGAGAAGCAAUGGAGUCUGUGCAAGCAUCCUGUGCAAGUCCCAGUCAGCAAUCCCCCAAAAAUCCUUCUCCUAACAAGACAGAAAGUCAGAACAUUAAUCAAAUCCAGCCAAGUGACACUAAAACUGUGGCAAAAGAAAUAUUUGCAUCAACAGCUGAAAACGUAUCUGCUCAAGAACAGGACAUUAGCAGAGAACCUCCAGUGAAAAAGGAAGAUGGUGAAUACAGAGUGCUAAUGACCUCUACUCCAGAGAAAAAAGAUAAUAAUGGGAAAGAUAAACCUCUCAGAGAUAGUGCUCUUACAGAAAAAUAUUCAGAACUGGCUUGUCAAGAUGUUCUUAAGGGCACUCGAGAAGGCCUUCCAUCUCAGACAUUGACAGAUAUUUACGACAAAAUUGUCACAAGCCCUUGUGAAGAGGAAGAAAAGGCAGUAGUCAUAGAACUGUCAAAAGAGGUGGAAAGUGAAGAACACAGACUGUCAGAGCAAAUGGAAGACAGUAAAAUGAAAACAAAUUAUGAGAUUUGUACAAAUGGUCUAAUUACAUUUUUAGCACAAACAUGUGAUCUUACUGCUGUGAAUCCAUCUACAAAUGAUUCAGAAGUGCAAAAAUCUGGGCACUGGAUGAACAAAGAGUUUCUAGUAGAAGAGAGUGGUAAGAAUGAACGUAAAGUAGUUUGUUUUAUUAAAGCCCCUGCAACUGCUCUGGAGAAUCUGACGUGUAAGAUAGUCAAUGACACUAGUUCCUUGGUGGUUGAUGAUUGUGAAGAGCUGGUCAGCAAUGUUAUCAGUAUUGAAUGCUCUGAUUAUGAGAAAACAAUCCCUUUCCCUAUCAACAUUGCAAUCCCAUUUACUUCAUGCUUCAGAGGAAAUUAUCGGGAAAUUAUGGUGAAGGUGACCGAAGUGAACUUUCAAUCAAAUUACUUAACUCCCAUUUCUUUGGAGGGAUACCAAGGAAACCAUAAGGAAGCAUUUGCGGAAGUGAAAGUUUACCAGCUGGGUGUUUUUUCUGUGUUGUCGUGCUUAAAGAGAGAAACAUUUACUGUUCCAAAGGCAGGACUCUCACAAAAGCUGAGCAUGGAUUCUAGAAUCUCUUUCUAUUAUCCUCCGGAAACAUUCAGUUCUCCAGCAGCCAUGCAGUUAAAGGUUCAGCCAAUUGAACCAUCACUGAUAUCCACACUGAAAGCAAGACAUGAUAUGUACUACUCAGUGGUAUCUACCAGUGCACUGGUUUAUGUCCAGCAUCCUUCAGCCCAACCGUUUAAUAACUCAGUCACUAUUACUCUACCUUGUCCUCCAAACCCAGAAAAAAAAAGGCAAGGAGAUGAGACAGAACAAGUGAGAGCCAUCAGUGCUACAGUAAAGAGGGUUGCCGCAGCAUACCAUCCUCGGGCUACAAGUGCUUCUGUGAGAAAGAAUGGAGAGAAUCUCAGCGAUUCUUUGAAAUUAUUAGGUCAUAGAUACAAAGAACGUGAAUGGAUGGUGUUUGAUGAUAUUAAUAUCCAGAAUGCACGAAAUGGGCUUGUAUCAUUUGAACUAAAUGAACAUUUAGAAAGCUUUGUGGUCAUUCGGCUUUCAUUCCUUUUGGAAACUACGUAUCUUCUCCUUUUUGCUCAGGCUCUGGAAGAAGCUGUUUGCAGCACAAUGUCUAAUGUGAUAUUGUAUCGGAAAAGAGAAAACCCAAAUAAAAUAGUAGUCUUACUAUCUGCAUCCAAAGAAUUGUCCUGGGAGCUUCAAAAUCUCCACGAGGAGGGCUACUUUGGUCCCCCAGAACCUACGCAGCAGUUUCCAUUAAGAGAAGGAGAGCAGAUUCAUUUUCAAUUUACAGGCAAUAUAUUUGCUUCAGAAAAUGGAAAAGACUUUGGAAAAGGCUACAGGUUGACUUUUCAUUCACAAAGAAAGCCCAAGCUAGAGCUCGAAAUUAAAGAAGUGGAUGAGUUUGGUAACCACAGUUCACCUCAUUACAAAGGAACAGCUGUUUUUUAUAAAAUUACCAGAGAGAUGAUAACCAAGGAAUGGAAACAGCCCUUGCCAUGUGCUGAUUACCAACACCAGUCACCACUGUGUAAAUUGGCACUAACAUUACCAAAGCAUGAAAAGUUGGUCAACCGUCCACGAAGCACAAAAAGAAUUUGUUCUGAUUCAUCAGAGGCCCUAUGGGACAGCUUGCUCUUUUGGCUUGCAGAAGAGCUUGCAGAAGAUAAUACAUCACUGCUUGCUUUACGCCUCCCUGUUCGGCGGAGCAUACUUCAGCUUGUUAGGCUGAAGUGCCCUGAUAAUUUAACACAGCAGAUCUAUGAGCUUCUUUGCUGCUGGCAAAAGACCCUUCCGAGGUCAGCUGAUAAACAGCAGCUCCUGUCUCGCUAUUUGCAGAAGAGCGGCAGAAGGGAUCUUUCAGAAGAACUUCGUUGUAAGUGGCAAAAUAAAGUGUUCGCUUGACAGAAUCACUGGCAACUAACAGCCCAGUUUCUCUUUUUUCUUGUUGAGAAGAAUGAAUAUUUCCAGGAUAUAUAUCGUCUGAUGAAGCGACAGACCACUUUUUUAUUUGUCACUUUGUAAACUCUUUACUAAAACAAAGAAUGAUAACAAUGCCCUUGCUUGCUAAAAGUGAACAUUUACCCUGUGAAAAAGUGAUGUACUGAAAAUAUAGGUAUGAGGAAUUAUGGACUGGUGUGCACACAUAUAUAAGGGCUCUAAUUAAACAUACCAUACUCAGUUGACAGGAUUGUAUUUGUAAAUGCUCUUAAAAACUAGGAAUUAUUCAUUAUACUUUAUCAAAAGUCUUAUGCAUCAUUCCAUGAUAUAUGGACAACUGUAUGUCCAGUAAUAAUAGUUAUCAGAUUCUCCAGCGGAAAGCCUAAUGGAUCAUUACAAUAAUAGAAGAAAUUUCUUCUUAAUGUAAGCCUGUUAGCAACUAUUCCUGACUUUUAUGUUCUCUGUGAAUGUUUAUUAUCCUUGUGAAUGUCAUCAAAAUUUCAGCAUUUCCACAUUUCAAUAUCUAAUCUGUUUCCAGAACUUAACAGAUUUUCUGCCUCACUAUUAUCUAUCAUGGUAAUGUUUCAGGUUUUGUUUUUGUCUUUG